CGGUGCAAACUGACAAAAAAAGGCAUCAGAUCUAUGUCCUCACAUUCUUUAGUGCCCGCGGCCGCCUGUUCUCUUCCGCUUCCCCUCUUCGCCAUGGCCGCCAUCUCCCCCCACCUCCCCGCUACCCUUCCGUUUCUCCCGACUCUCUGGCCCCGUCCCCGCCGGCUCCCGCCGAACGCCUUUGCAGCCUCCGUGGUCCCGCACCGAACCGCCCGCGUCGCCCUCCAUUGCUGCAGGCAUAGUACUCCUUUGGCAAGAAAUUUUCAUGGGCUUGAGAAUGCAAUAAGCUUGUGGACUCAGCACAAGAAGCAAGCUCUAUUUGCUUCAGAGAGAGAUUCUUCUAGCAAUGCUACAAAACAGAGCAACUCCAGCGAUGACGCCUCGAGUUCUUCAGAUGGCCCACCUGUCCUGACUAUUCUGGCAGGUGUUAUUGUGUUUCUUCUAGUCUUCUGGGCAAUUGGAUCAAUCAUCACCUGGAUUGUUGGUUUGGCUUUUGGUGCUGCAAAAUCUUAGUAGGUCAAUUUAGGGUAGUUCUGCACCUUUUCAGUUGUAUAUACUUGUUGUCGACUCACAGUCUUGGAUCAUUGUAUUCUAUGCUGUCAUUUCUUAAUCCUUGAAUAAUUGCAUUUGCUGCUAUUAUUUUAGCUGAA